UGAAAACCACUUGAGACGAUAAGAUCCGAAAGGCAAUGUCAAAGUGGCGAUGAUGACGGGGCCGGGCUUGCCUCUUGAUUGAUGGUGUCUCUCGUCUUUGAGCCGUCAUCAUCCCGCCCACCCUACUGGCUACUGCUAGUUGUUCCUUUCGUUCCUCGUCUUCCUUCGUUAUGGCAUGAUAAGUAAUAGUAGAACUGGUACGUACCCUGGGGGAUGGGGAGAUGGAUGAGGGUUUGGGCUCCCAACCGGGCGGUAGAAUGAAAUACUCGGAAAAAAAACAGUGACACGGUUCCGAUAACAAAGAGUAUUCUCCCUGGUAGAAACGGCUAUUCAGUUGCUUGGCUCUCGAUUACUAGCGCGGGAUGGCUCAAAGGUUUGCGUCGUUCAGAAAUUGGAAACACCAUCGCAGGAAGAUGCGGUGGUGCCGCUUGUUGGCGAACCAAGCGCUCGAUGAAAUGUCCCAAAGGGUUGGGGAGCCUCCUUUGCUUGUGAAAAGGAUUGGUAAGCUCCGUAGUACGGACGAAGCGUCCGAGAGCCUUGUGAAUUCAAUGAACGUCUUAAUAACCAAGCACUCGCAGAAAGGUGAGCUGGACAAGGCGUGCAGGCUCUUUGACGGUAUGGUGGCUAGAGACGUCGUUUCUUGGAACGCCAUAAUUGCCGGAUAUGCAAAGUGGGGACUAAAAACUGAAGCCCUGAAGUUGGUAGUGGAGAUGCAUCGGGCUGGUGUUGGGCUCAAUUCCAUAAGUUUUCGUUCUGCUUUAAGUAUCUGUGCGGGCUUGAAGAAUUUGCAGUUUGGCAGAACGGUACAUUGUCUUGCGAUGAGAAGUGGCUAUGUAAAUUGCGAGUAUUCAGGGUUCUCUUUAUUGGAUUUCUACGUGAAGUGCGAUAUGGUGGAUGAAGCACGGAAGGCAUUUGAUGAGCAGAGUCAGGGAACUGCGGUGCCAUGGGUAUUAUUGUUGUCGGCAUAUGUAAGGCGUGGACGGAUGGAUGAUGCUAAUCUUUUAUUUGAAAGAACGCCUAGAAAAGAUGUCGUCUUGUGGACCACUCUGAUUUCUGGUUAUUCUCGGGGAGGUGAAGCUGCAAAAGCUUUUGAACUCCUCAAUAGAAUGCUGAUUUCUGGUGUAUCCCCAAACGAGUUCACAUUCCAUGCCAUUGUUAGAGUUGCUUCUUGCUUGAAAGAUUUGAGAUUGGGGAAGAAGAUUCAUGGUUGUUUAAUUGCUAGGGGUUACGAGGGUGACUUUUCCAUCUCUACUGCACUCAUUGAUCUGUAUUGUUACUGUGACAGAGUUGAUGAUGCAUUGCAUGUAUUCUCUCAAAUGGAACAACCUUGUUUAAGCUCCUGCAACACAUUGCUAGAUGGUCUAAUUUCGAAUGACAGACUCGGUUGUGCAGAAGAACUUUUUUUUAAAAUGGUGGAACUAAAUUCUAUAACUUGCAAUGUAAUGAUUAAAGGGUACGCACGAUAUGGGAAGAUCCGGGAAGCAAGACGCCUAUUUGAUCUCAUGCCUCAGAAAACUUUAGUUUCUUUUAACACAAUUAUAUCAGGAUAUGCACUGAAUGGUGAACUGAACGAUGCGAGAAGAUUAUUUGAAGCAGUGGAUGUGAAAAAACGGGAUACAGUAACCUGGAAUGCUCUUAUGUGCGGUUAUGUGCAGAACAAGCUUCCUGGUGAAGCACUUCUGCUCUAUGUGCAAAUGCAUAAACAUGCAGUGAAAAGCAAUAGAUCAACGUUAUCAAGCAUAUUAUCUGCUUGUGCAUGCCUUGGAUCUCUAGAACUAGGGAGAUCUGUUCACGCUCAAGCGGUUAAAUCACCUUAUGGUUCAAAUGUUUAUGUUGGGACGUCAUGUAUCGACAUGUAUGCGAAGUGUGGCGACAUAGCAAGUGCUCAAUCAACAUUCUUUCUCAUGACCGAGAAAAAUGUGGCAGCAUGGACUGCACUGAUCAAUGGAUACGCAUUUCAUGGAUUAGGAAAUGAGGCAAUUGCUCUCUUUGAUCAGAUGUUGGAGGAAGGCAUAGAGCCAAACCAGGUUACGUUUGUGGGGGUUCUAUCAGCUUGCAGCCACAGCGGGCUUGUUAAUAAAGGGAUGGACUAUUUUAUUUCUAUGAAGGAGACAUACUGUAUUACUCCCACCUUGGAGCACUAUGCCUGCAUUGUUUAUCUUCUGGGUCGUCUAGGGUACCUUAAUGAAGCAGAACAGUUUAUAGGCAACAUGCCAAUUAGAGCAGAUGCUGUUGUUUGGGGAGCUUUGCUGAGUGGCUGCAGGUUCUAUUCAAAUGUGGAGAUGGGUGAAAAGAUAGCCGAUAAAAUAUGUACACUAGAUUGUAGAAAUACUUCUUCAUGUGUGGCAUUGUCGAAUAUUUAUGCUGCAGCUGGUAGGUGGAUUGACGUGCAAAGCAUCAGGAAAAGGUCUUCUGCUGUGAAAGAUCCAGGUUGUAGUUGGGUAGAACUGGGGAACACUCUGCAUUCAUUGUAUGUAGAAGGCAGAUAUCAUCCCGGUUCUGCUAAAAUUUAUGAAGUAUUGGAUAGAUUGGCAGUUAAUAUUAACUGCACGGCUCAAAUAUAAAACGAAAGGUCUCUGCACUAGCAUGAAGAUAAUUAAGCUACUUCACCUGUAAGCUCUUAAGACUAUAGGAUUCGUGUACAUUGCAUAUUUUUGUAAACAGAAACGGUCCCUAAUGUACCAUACAAUAUUGACAAUUUUUUUAACUAUUGCGGAUCCUGCUACUGCCAAGUCAUUUUUUAUGCUUUCGUUUUGAAUUGGAACAACCUGAUCAUUCAGUUGCUAAUCCUUCAACUAAUGGAUAUGAAAUAUCAUCAAUCCUCAACGUUAUGAAAAUGCAGUUUAAGAUCUGUAAUCUUCCCUUCUCUGGAAACUGUUCAUUUACCACCCCUGAUUCAGCUGGUGCCAUAAACCUACAGCUGAAUGUGGACACAAGUAUUUUUCUAUUAAAGGAUGUUGUCUUCCACUUGGUCCCAGAAAUUAAUCAAGGGGACCUUGAAUGCGGAAAGAGGGGAAAUGGCAUGGCUGCUAUAUAUAAGCAAGGAACUGGACAAGGAAAAACUGUGCUGCCUGGACAACGGUAAGAGAUUGAACUUGGGAAGUGAAAGCGGAGAUAACUGAUUCGAUUGAUCAGGCCACUGGGCCCGUUGAACCACAUAUUGGAAGACAAGAACAAAUCUUUCUGGCGUCCGAUCAUCAGGGGAGUAUCUCAAGUAUGGAUUAUCCAGGUAAUGAGACGGCUAAUUCGUAAGCAUAUAUUCCAAGGUGCAACAAGCUUGCAACAUCUUCAUUAUGAGUUUGACUCUUUCAUUUCUCUUGGACUUUUCUCCAUUUGGCAACACGAUCUUCCGCUCAGCCGGGGUCACCACAAAAAAAAUGACAAGACCGGAGAACUGAAGGCAGCUUACGUUGUCGGAACUGACCAUACUCGUGCAUUUCGUUUCAGUAAUGGCACAAAAAUAUGCAGGUUGGUUCCAUAAAGUACUGUAAAUCCUCCCUCCGUUCCUUUUAUGGGCAAAAGCACUCGCAUGUGUUCAAGUGAAUCAUUCUUUCCGUCUUAGAGAAAUGCAGCACUCUCAG